AUGCAAUUCUCUAUCGCUUCCGCUGCUUUGUCUGCGACCUUCGCUUCAUUGGCCAUGGCUUUGCCAAUCAAAACUGCCGAUGAUUCAAAUUUCAACCUUAUGGUGCUUCGCUCUGGUAGUCCAGUCCAUUUUGCUCCAGUCAAUUAUGAUGAAACACACGCUCAAGUGUUCUCCAUUGGCAGGGCUGCUGGGGGAUCACCAGCCAACUUGACUUUGCAAUCUGAUUCUUCUAUUGUGGAUGAAACCGGCAGAGGAGUGUACAUCAACCCUAACACCGGGGAUGUUGGGCUUGUUGGUGAAGGUCAAAAAGCUUCUACUGGUUUCAGUUUCGACGGGUACGAAUUCUUGUAUCAAGGUAACAGUAGCUUCUUCGCUUGUCCUUCCGGUGAGGAUGUCUACUCAUUGACCUUUGAUUAUUCCUACGAGGGGUGUCUUGGUAUCACUUUGUAUCACAUCUAA